AUGCCUUCUCUUCGAAUGACAGAUUUUCAUCAUGUGUUAGUGGAUAGAAUUGAUUUAUCUCAAAACCAAAUCAAGUUUAUUGGAGACUCAAAAGUCAGAAACGUGAGAGCCAGAACUGUUGUUUUGAGUGAGAACAAUCUUUUGGAAAUAUCCGGAUAUGCAUUCACAGAGAGUCAAUUUUUGAAACUAAAGCUAAACAACAACCCAAACCUACGAAGUCUGUCAGUAGAUGCUUUCAAGAACAUGGCUGGGCUUCAGACUUUAGAUCUCUCACAUACUGCGAUCAGCACUCUACCAAUCAAUGGUUUGAAAAAACUGAAGACCCUAGUUUUGAAUAACGUCCCAACUCUCAAAAGUCUUCCAAGUAUUUUGAGUUUCACCGAUCUGGAAACUGCCCACUUCACCUAUCCGCAUCACUGUUGUUUGUUCAAAUAUGUAGAUGACGUGACGAUGAAUGAUAACGGAAAAUAUCAACGGAAUGCUAAAGAAAUUCAUAAAAGAAUUUGUGAAAAACGAGAGCAGCAGGAGUUAGCAAGAAGAAGGAAACGUGAUACUUCUGGAGUGGAUUUUCUGGAAAUGUUGUUGAAGGAAUGGACAGAUAAUAGUACUUAUACAGGACCAGAUGAUAACGAUGAUGAUGAGUUGCCACCUUUCACUGAAAUUGGAGCGGAACCAUGCCAAUCGAUUGGUGAAGAAGUUCAAAAAUACUAUUCAAAUAUUACCUGUUACCCACAACCAGAUGCUUUGAAUCCAUGCGAAAAUAUUGUCGGAUACCCAUUUCUUCGAGUUGCCAUCUGGAUUGUAUGUUUCGCUGCAAUCGUAGGAAACAUUGUUGUUUGGAUCUUAUUAGGAAUUGUUUAUGAGAAGCGAAUGAGAAUUCAUUAUUUGUACAUGAUCAAUAUGUCAGUUGCUGAUAUGUUCACAGGUUGGCUCUGA